AUGCCCGACUUCGGAGAUCAUGUCGACAACACGAUCUUCUCUCAGAUCCUGGAGAUGGACGAGAGUGAAGCAGACCGUGACUUCAGCGGGCCUCUGGUUUUGAACUUCUUUGACCAAGCUAUCGAGACGUUCCAGAAGAUGGAGGAAGCGCUCGCCGAAAAGGACCUCGAUACCCUAUCCGGCUUGGGUCACUUCCUCAAAGGCUCUUCGGCGACACUCGGAUUCAAUAAGAUAAGAGACAGCUGUCAAGUUAUCCAGCAGUACGGUCACCAGUUGACCGUUGACGGAUCCACGGAGCCCGACGAGAACGUUUGCCUGCAAAAAAUCACAGAUGCUCUCAAGGCGGUCAAGGUCGACACCAAGGAACUAGAUAAGGCGAUGAAGAAGUUUUUCGAGGUGACCGAGUAA